CUACCUGGCGCGAAUCGAUUGCUGAGCGUCAUCGCUGCCUGGCUGCGCCGCCCCCGUUGCGCAAGAAUUAGCGUGUGGUUGGUUGGGGCAUGUCUGUAAGUGGAAGAAAGGUGGAAGGAUUAGACACCAAUUUUCUGCCAGUUAUCUACGACAUUAUACGAGGCAUUGAAAAGGACACACCUGAUACCAACAAAUCAUCACAGGAGGUGGCACAAAAGAUACUGGAACUUCAGAAGAAGUUUGACAAAGCAAGAGAACAGGUGCGCAAGACGCCGGGCAUUGAGUACAGCCGGCCGGACCAGCUGCACCGGCUGCAGGCGCUGCGGGACCAGCUGGCGCUGAAACGACAGCUGCUCGCCAAGUACCAGGCGCUGGAGAGCUUCGACCUGCCCGCCAGGAAGUGAGCAGUACCCGCCAAGCUCCUUCGGCUGGAAGAGGAUGUCGUCCACCACUCAAAAGCACCGCAACUUUGUGGCGGAGCCGAUGGGCGAAAAGCCCGUGACUGAUCUAGCCGGCAUUGCCGACGUACUCGGCAAGCGGCUGGUCAGCCACGGCUUCGACCGCGCCUACAUCGUGCUCGGCCAGUUCCUGGUCCUGAAGAAGGACAAGGAGCUGUUCGUCGGCUGGCUGCAGGACCUGAUUCACUGCAACGUUAUGCAGGCGUCCAACUGCUGGCAGUGCCUGAACGACUGGUGCUCGGAGUUCUUGUAGCUGUCCGUGCCGGUCUGCCGCCGCGCCAGACCCGUUGCUGCGUGGCAGUUUCUCUGUCGUUGUCGCUGAUCAUCCUGGAAGUCUAACAUGCUACACACGCUUUGCUGUUGCUCCCGCCAAGCUUGCGUUUCAUAGAUCAUCGUUCAUCACCUGUGGCGCCCAAGGUGGCCCGGUCACUUUUUGAGGUAAUGGCGGGCUGGAUUGGCUGCUCUGUGGUAGAGGGGAUCGGGCACGGGGAUAAUCCCGUGCUGCUGCUGAUGCUGUGUGAGAUGAACUUGCUGCCCUGCUGGUGGAUGGUCCCCGGCCUGCGCUCUUGCGCUCAGUCGAGCUUGUGACAAUAUUUCCGGUACCACGCGUACAUGAAAAAUAAACGCCGUGCCUACAAAAAUGUCGUAGUUCAAGCAGCAAAUGAGCAAUCCACAUAUGCAUCGGAUUCCCUGGAUUCCCACGGAUUCCCCGGUCGACUCGGCAACGCGAACCUGCAGUUGGCGUGCUGGGGAAAUCAAAAUGUGGACAUGGUAAGACUGGGCAAUGCUGGGUAGUUCUCCACGGUUUGGUCAUUGCGCGACGCGAUGUGCCUCACUCUGCGCCACAUCUGCCAGCGCAAUGCAGUGGAGCGUGUCAGUGUUCCAGUAAUGUCCUUUCGAACAAGGAUCAAAAGUACCGCGUGUCUUUUGGUU